CAGACAACCGUAAACAUGAAACAGCUUUUCAUCAUAGCGGUUCUCGUAGCUGUCGCUGCUGCCCAGAUCGAUCAGUACGGCGAUCUCUCGCAACCUACCCCUUAUGAAUACGCAUACACUGCCGAGUCAGAUGAAGGUUCUCAUGGGCAUUCGGAGAAGUUUGACGGAAACUCUCGCGCUGAGGGCAACUAUUUUUUAAAACUCGCUGAUGGCCGUGAACGACAUGUAACCUACACGGCCGAUGAGAGCGGCUUCCACCCGGAAAUUCAGACCAACGAACUCGGAACAGAGUCCAAGAACCCCGGCGAUGCUGUCUACGUCUCGUCGGCGCCCUCUGGCCCCGACGCUGCUAUUCAGGCUUAUGGUGGACCUUUCCCUGAGUCUAUUGGCCAGGGUCUCCGGCCAGUUCAGGCUCGCGCCGCCGGAGCCGCUUCGGCCGCCGCCGCAGCGGCCUCGUGAACAGUCAAUGGCCAUGUUCCAAUAGUACACAGCACACAGUUAGCGUUAAUGGGAAACACGUCGGUUUAAUAUAUCCGUCAGCUGUCACACUUCGCUUAAAGAAUGUAGAGGUCUUAAAUCAACGUGUUGGAUGAUCCCGGCGGUUUAUCAUGACGAAGAACCAAGACUCGAUAAAUGACUUUGUCUUACCUAAGUCACAUUUACUGUGGAUGCUUAUCAGAUUAAAUUAUCGCCGAUUUCA